GAGUGGACAUUAACGAAGCUGAAUACUCUGUGUUCGUGGGACGAUGGACGGAAUGUACGACUGAUUUGAAAGGAGAACGUGAUCGCUCGGUUGACAGGUACAAUACACGUGUCGAAGAAGAUUCUUUGGUGCAUACACCUCACCUCGGACUACAACGCCGUCAAGUCCAGUGCCGAGGGAAGGAUGGACAAUUCGUUGAGGCUAUGUACUGUGGAACGGCUAUUUCUCACGUUGGUACAACGCGGGUGUGUGUGAUGCGCGAAGACUGUUCCCUGGCUGAAUGGUUGCCAUGGCGACCACGCUCGGAUGGUGCCCUAGUUCGCACCAGGAGAUUACGGCGAUUAGCUCAAGGUGGAGGCAAAGAGUGCGAUGUUGUUGAGGAAGUGCGUCCAGCUGCAUUGGAAGCCAGCGCACACUGGACACCUGGACCUUGGGGUCGCUGCCAAGUUGCUAUUUCCCAGCCGACUACACCAGCACCUUCGGAUGGCGACGACGAUGACGCGGAUGACAGUGACGCAUUGUACGACGACGACGAUGAUGAUGCUGACGAGCUGGACAAGUCGGGACCGGAAGCCAGCUGUGGUGGUGGCGUACAGCGGCGCGACGUCACCUGCGUCCGCGCUGAUGGGAGGGCGUUGCAUCCCGCUCAAUGUGCGCACGCGCCUAUGCCUACACUUGUGCAGCCCUGUGAGGUACCGUGCCCACGUGAUUGUGAAGUCGGUGAGUGGGGCGAAUGGGGCGCGUGUCAACCAAUCGACGGAUGUCCACUUUACCCUGUCCAAGAACUUACUGCUACUGGAUACAGCGUACGUCGUCGUCGCGUGACGUCAGCAGAAUCCGGUGGUGGUGCAAACUGCCCUCCUCUAGAAGAAAAGCGUACGUGCACGAUGCCCCGCUGUGCUUCGUGGAAGGCUCUACCCUGGGGACCCUGUGUAUUGAGCCAACCGCACACGACAUGCGGCCCGGGCAGGCGCAUGCGAGAACUGAGAUGCGUUGGACACGAUGGCAAAGAGGCGCAACGAGCUUGGUGCAGCGGCAGUAGCACCCCGCCUCGCAGCGAGCGGUGCCGCAUCGCGUGCCCGGGCGACUGCGUGGUGUCGGCCUGGUCCGCCUGGUCGCCCUGCACUGCUUCUUGCGCGGCGCCCACUCGCCCACGUCCCACUAGGACGCGUACGAGACAGAUCAUCGCCCAUGCUUCACCAAACGGAUGGCCAUGCCCAUCUCGAGACCAACUUAUCCAAAACGAGACUUGCAACAACCACGCUUGUGCCACAUACUCCUGGCUCGCAACGCCUUGGGGACCUUGUGAACGACGUCAUCAGGACUACAUGCCUACCACCAAUUACACGGAUUUGCAGGAAGGUGAACCUUACAACGAGAGCGACGAAGAGGAACCAUGUAUAGAAGAAGGUCAAAUUACUAGGAAUGUCAUGUGUGUCCAGAACAAUGCUGAUGUUGUUCGUGAUGCUUUAUGUUCUCCACUACGCCGUCCUCCAUCUCGUCGGUCUUGUACUUUAAGAUGUCGAAGAGGAUGCAGGGUUGAAGCUUGGAUGCCUUGGUCGCCAUGCCCCAACACAUGUGACCCAGGGAAACAAGUCCGCGUCCGCACGGUCCACGGCGGUCCGAACUGCGGACCAGUGCAGGAGACGCGGGACUGUCCCGUGCCGCCGUCGUGUCGCUCGCGGGACGCUGCCUGGAUCGCGGGCGAGUGGAGCACGUGCCGCCUGCCGCCUGGACAGAGAUGCGGACUCGGAUAUAGAGUUAGAAGCAUCUGGUGCGGUUCGGACUCUCACCGUGUGGAAGCUGGCGCGUGUGCCGGUCAACUUGUGCUGCCUAGUGUAGCCGCUUGCACUGUUACAUGUGAUCGUAUCGAGCCACUCACCUGUGAUGUAAUCUGCGCGGAUCCAUUGAAGUACCUAGACGCCUCUGACCCAGACGUUCCCAACUGUGUGUGCAAGAGCGUUUCUUUGGAAUUACUGCCGGCUGAUUCGGAUUGCAUUUUAUCUCCAGGAAUGGAGUGUGGAGAAGGUCGUACACUGAGGGCUGCCCGCUGUAUGGUCAAAGGUCGAGAUGUGCCUAUGGAUGUUUGUGAAAAAUAUCAUCCUCUAACUGGUCCGCGGCGCGUGCGCGAAGCAUCGACGGACGGGUUCGCGUACGACGAGGAGUUCCCGGCGCUGGUGCGCGGCGCGUGCAGCGUGCGGUGCGCGCGCGACUGUGCCGCCGGACCCUGGGCUCCCUGGGCCGCCUGCUCCGCAGAGCCCGGGUCGCGCACCGCCUUCAGAUUCCGAACCAGGGAGGUGAUAGAAGAAGGCUCAGCCGGCGGUCGGGAAUGCGGCGCCACGCUUCAGCGCGCCACCUGCCUCGUGCCGGAACCGAUGUGGGUCGUAGGGGAGUGGUCUAUUUGCACACCGCAACACGCUCUGUGCGGCAGGGCCAUCAUCAACCGAACUGUUGUUUGCCGGGACUCAAAUAGCAUGAAACUGGAGGACACGGAGUGCGUUGUGCGCGGGGCAGGCCAACCGCCUGCUAAAGAAGCCACGUGCCGGGCGCCCUGCCCCGCCGACUGCGUGGUCAGCGCCUGGUCCGAGUGGAGCCCUUGCGAGCAGACGAAGUGGGGAGGUCGUCGCGACCGGACUCGAGUGGUACUGCGGCCUGCUGACGACGGUGGUGCGCCGUGCCCGCACUUGGUCGGCGCGGAGCCAUGCGCCCCCCAUACAUACUCCUGGCAUGUUGCGCCUUGGGACGACUGCCAGCCCCUAGGAGGCUCUCCGUGUGGCGAAGGGACGAAGAGGAGGGCUGUGCGGUGCUUACGGAGUGACGGAGUAUUCGUGAAUGACUCAUUCUGUCCUAACGUAACAGCAACAGAAGCCCGCGAGUCGUGGUGCUAUGUUCCGUGCGGCGUGGACUGUGAGUUGAGCGAGUGGGGCGCGUGGGACACCUCCGCAUGCACUUGCGGUGAAGCGACAGUAGCGCGUCACAUGCGCCGGACAAGACAACGACUCACGGCAGCAGUGUGGCCAGGGCGGGCGUGUCCACCAACUGAGCAGCGUGCCCCCUGCCCACGCGAACCCUGCUUACGACUCGUCGCCAGACCUUCACUUGGCUGCCAUGUUCAGACUUCUACUGGCGACGAAGCGGACAACGCCUGUGGCUGGGGUGUCAAGGUAUCCCACGCGCGCUGUGAGUUGAGCGGAUCAGGAGACGCGGCUGAUAUUUACUUGGAACCUUGGCGGUGCGCUUCAGCCUUGCCCGGUCGCAUUGCGGCCCCACCGCUACAUUAUCAAGAGGACGAGACGUGCAAAGUGGAAUGCGGGUGCAAGGAGUCGGAGCUGGGAACGCCGGGCCCGUGGGGCGCGUGGGGCCCGUGCCGCGGUGGAGCGCGCUCACGCACGCGCCAGCUGCUCGUGCCGCCCACCAGACCCUGCCGGACCUCCUCCAGAUACGUGACGAUCGAGUGGGCUAAUUGUACCGGAUCGCCGGAUGAAAUCCCGGACCUGCUGUCGGUGGAGCGCGACGAAAAGCCGCGCCGUGCCUGGCUCGAACGUGACAACUACCAUAACGGAUAUAUUGAGGGAAGCAGUUCAGUUUUGGCUGUUGUAUGGACUGCGACAAUCGUGCUGAGCUUGUAUGGCGCUUUUAUGAUAUACCGCGGGCUCAGAAGAUGUUUGAGAAGCAGGAAAAUGAAAACCAUCACAAAAGUGUAA